AUGUUUUUUUCACCCCGGUUUCGCACCAUUAGUAUUGUCUCUGUGUCCUUUUUUUUUCUUACAAUUUUUUUAAGUCUUCUUUUUGUUCGCCACAAUGAUAACGCGGUCAGGGGAGUGGUUCUAAAAAAUGGCCACCACUCAAAACAUCUAACAUCGCAGAACGCAGCACCGAUGAUUUACCAAGCAUUGGAUUUUACGCAGAACAAGAGAUUAGCUGGCAAGUGGAGGAGACGAAAAAGAAAACCCCUUUCUUUUCUCAAUUUGGAAAAAAAAAAAUUACCACACCUCCUUUGUUUCCACAGUGAAGAUUGCGAAUACUGCAACAGUAUGAAAAAGCUGCUAACCAAAUUAAAGGAAGAAGAAGGGGUUAAUUUUUUAAAAUUAGAAAUGUAUGAAAAUUCAUACAACUUUGAGUUGCUGCAGCAGCUGGAUUAUGAUAAUUUAUGUGGGGGGUUGCCUUAUUACUAUAACUUGAAGACGCACUACAAUAUUUGCGGAGCCACGACCUACCACAACUUGAGGAAUUGGGCCCUGGACAAGAAGUGCAAUCCCAAUGAACCUCCCAGUGAAGAAUUUUAAGUGAAGACGGGGCGGAAUGACCGUAGAGAUGUAAACGUCCCAUUUGGACGUAAUAAACGAGGGGAAUUCCUACCUUUUUGAGCGUUUCUCCGGAAAUAACUCCAAAUUGGUAAACAUCUCGUUCUUCUUUGGACUGAAAAUUGGACCAAACAGGCACGAGGCGCUAGUGCACCCAGCAGAGGGGCAAAGCUUUCAAACGUUCAUGCAAAAGAAAAGUGGGGGAUUUUAUUGGGGUAUUCUUUCCCCAUUCGUGUAUGUAUUUACAUUUCUCCACUUUGGCAUUUGGCAUUUGGCAUUUGGCAUUUGACGCUCGAUGCUUGCGCGCAGUUUGUGCAUUUGGCCCUGUUUUACCUUCACAUUUACGCUAACGUUAACUUCAUUUUUAUUUUUAUUUUUGCUUUUUUUUUUUUUUUUUACCUUUUGAAUUGUUAAAAAGAUUUGCGCAUCCUUUUAGCGCAUCCCUUUAGCCCAUCGUUUUUACCCCUUGCUAAAUCCCACCUUUGCUGUUUUGCCGAGGCGC